CUCCGAGGAGGUUUCCGGCCAGGCGGAGGGCGGCGUCUUAGUCCAGCCCCGUUUGGUUCUCAGCGUGUCCGGCUUUGCGCCCGCGGGCCUAGGCAACCCGCCGUUCCCUCUGCGGCCGUGCCCUUUUUGCGAGCACAGCUCUGGCCUUUCCUACCGCACCCCCCCACCCCCCGCCCCAGAGACAGCAGGGCGGGGGGCCAGUAGACAGAGCUGAUCGGGGCGCAGCUAAUGUCCCCGAGCUAUGACGCCAGCGUGGGAGGUCCCUUCUAGCUGCCCAGAUUCUGUGUGAAGGGGGACGUCCUGCCCCCGAUUCCCCCAGACGGAGGGGAGAGGGGGUGGAGGCAAGCGCACCCUGCGGCAGUCUGAUCCAUUAGAACCAGCCCCCCCUCCUGCCCCACCCCCUAGGUGGCGGUAAGGAUGACCACACUCACGCGACAGGACCUCAACUUUGGUCAAGUGGUGGCCGACGUCCUCUGCGAGUUCCUGGAGGUGGCCGUGCAUCUCAUUCUCUACGUGCGCGAGGUCUACCCGGUGGGCAUCUUCCAGAAGCGUAAGAAGUACAACGUGCCUGUCCAGAUGUCCUGCCACCCGGAGCUGAACCAAUAUAUCCAGGACACCCUGCACUGUGUCAAGCCACUGCUGGAGAAGAACGAUGUCGAGAAAGUGGUGGUGGUAAUUUUGGACAAAGAGCACCGCCCAGUGGAGAAAUUCGUCUUUGAAAUCACCCAGCCUCCGCUGCUGUCCAUUAGCUCAGAUUCCCUGCUGUCUCAUGUGGAGCAGCUGCUCCGAGCCUUCAUCCUGAAGAUCAGUGUGUGUGAUGCUGUCCUGGACCACAACCCCCCAGGCUGUACCUUCACAGUCUUAGUGCACACGAGAGAAGCUGCUACCCGCAACAUGGAGAAGAUUCAGGUCAUCAAGGACUUUCCCUGGAUCCUGGCAGAUGAGCAGGACGUCCACAUGCAUGAUCCCCGGCUGAUACCGCUAAAAACGAUGACAUCAGACAUUUUAAAGAUGCAGCUCUACGUGGAAGAGCGAGCUCACAAAAGCAGCUGAGGGUGUGAUGCUCCGAUCAUGGAUGUAACAACUAUGGGACACUGGGGGCCCCCAGCCUAGGGCGGUGCUGAGGGACACCCCCUCCCCCCGAUUCCAAGUGCUCUUAUUGCCUCUGUGUAUGGACCACCCACUCUCCGGCCCGGCGCCGCUCAGGUCUGGUUGCCUUCAUGGAGGAAUUUUCCCCAGGAGGGCAGGGAAGGAUGCCGGGACCUUGAUUUCUUGGCCUCCUGGGAUGUGGCCGGCCAACACUGUCUGUCUGAAAUACUGUGCUGUGAGUUGUUUCAAUAAAGAGCCCCAAGGGCUGA